AUGGAAUUAAUGGAUACAUCACUCGGUAAUCUGUAUAAAUUUGCUUAUCGUAAACUUGAUCAGUUUAUACUUGGAGAUAUUCUUGCCUAUAUAGCACUAGUUUCAACAACAACAAUAAAAAUUUUUAAUUCUGCAAUGACUAAUCAAAUAUUUGAUUUAACAAGUGCUCGUAGCUAUGAUCAAAAUCAAAAACCAAAUUAUAAAGAAUUAUUAGAAAAUCCAUUUUUACGGCAAGAAAAAGAACCACAACAAACGGAAUAUAUUGUUGCUUAUUUAUCUGAUAUAAUUGAUGGUCUUCAACUGAAUAUGGAUAAAUCUUAG